AUGCCCAAGGAUCCCGACGAGGAUGAGCCCAACAUCCGGGUGGUCCUGGAGCAUCGCUUCUACAAGGAGAAGAGCAAGAGCGUGAAGCAGAUGUGUGACAAGUGCAGCGCCAUCAUCUGGGGCCUCAUCCAGACCUGGUACACCUGCACAGCUGAGAAGCUGCGCCAGGACAUCCUGCUGAUGAAGCCCUACUUCAUCACCUGCAAGGAGGCAAUGGAGGCGCGGCUGCUGCUGCAGCUGCAGGACCGCCAGCACUUUGUGGAGAACGACGAGAUGUACUCACUGCAGGACCUGAUUGACAUCGAAGCUGGACGCCUGAGCUGUUCCCUGACAGAGAUCCACACCCUCUUUGCCAAACACAUCAAACUGGAUUGCGAGCGUUGCCAAGCCAAAGGUUUUGUCUGUGAGCUCUGCAAGGAAGGCGAUGUCCUCUUCCCUUUCGACAGCCACACCUCCGUCUGUACCGACUGCUCCGCCGUUUUCCAUCGGGACUGCUACUAUGACAACUCCACCACUUGCCCCAAAUGUGCCCGGUUGAGCUUGCGGAAACAAUCCCUCUUCCAGGAAUCCAGUACUGAGGCAGAGAUUUAA